GAAUCAGUAACCUUCAUUAGGAAACUCCGAAGACAUCCUCUGUGGGUGUGUCCAAAUGUGUCGUCAUUCGCGAGGGCCGGCCAGAAGCGUAUGUCAUAUGACUAAACAACAGGAAGAAUUGGAUAUGUGAAGGUGCUAUGUUCUCUAGAAACCGGCAGUUAAAAUAAAAAUAGGUUAUAAUGGCCACGAUUAUCAAAGAAACACCAAGUAUUAAAGAGGCAAUGAUGCACGUUAACACAAUUGACAUCAGCAAGUUUUCUCGGCUACUCUCGCGUAUCUUGCUGAAACUACAUCUAAAGACAGAACGCCCUUUCAGUGAGGAGGAGGAAGAGAAGUUGCAGAGCGCUCUAGGCAUGGAGAAGCCUGCCCUGACUCUGGUGUUGGAGACCAUCUCUUUUAUUUUGGAACAGGCCGUGUACCACAACACAAAGCCAGCCACCCUGAAGCAACAGCUGGAGGCCUUAGGGAUGGACCCAGACAAGGCCGACACUCUCUGCCAAGCUUGGACUACCACUGGCCCCGAUGUCAUUGAGAGGAUCAGGGAGGGAAUAUUCGCUCCCAAAAAGCUGGAGCAGGUGGGUUGGCAGAUGAGUCUGCAGAUGGGCCAGUCAGGCCAGGCCAAGCUCAAGGCCCCCCGUGCGGUGCUGGAGCUGGGACUUCAACAUGAGGAUACAGAGGAAAUCCAUGCACUAUGGUGAUUGAGUGGAACAGACACUACCAAGACGCAACAAUGUUUUGGCUUUGUUAGCAUCCCAAAAAAGAUGCCACGGUGUGAUACUGAUUUCAUCCAGACUUAUCAGAACUGAUGCAUGCUGCUCCACACGGACAUAUGGGCACAAAAUGUGUGUGUGUGUGUAGUACAUUUGUUAUUGCAGUAUAUUGGAUGUAGUCAUAUCUUCAGUCAGUUUAUGCACGCUAACCAUCAAACAUACACGUAUACAACAUUACAUAUACAUAUACAACAGGUAAUGCUAGAGGAAGCAGCUAAUGUAGCAACACACAGUAAAACCUAAGCUGUGUGCUAUGUGUCUGUUAACUGGGGACCCAGGCUAACAUUACAAACCUCUCCUUGUUGAUCGCUAACCACAUGGAGUUAUCUCACAACGUGUGUUAUAAGCCUACUUGUUUAUGGAGGUAUAAGUCACGACGCACACCCCUCCAGACCACCCCCUGCUCAGCCCAUCAUAGAUUCCUUUCACCUCCUGUCACUCUGCCAACCCUUCAAAAACAUCUAUCUAUGUAGGUGUAGGCCUAGUGUGUGCACGCAGCAGAGGCUACGGUUAUACAGAACAACGGACUGUUUUAAUUGGCUUUAGCUCAGCGAAUGAGAAGAAGGGUAUCACUUGCCUAUAGUUGGUGUUGGAUAAUAAUAUUCAUUUUGUUUUCAGUGCUAGAAGGCCUUUGCAAAGUUUGUGAAUGGCAAUGUACUGAAGAGCUAAGACCCUUGUGAUUUUUUUAUAAUAUUUUUUAAUUUCUCUCCCUAAUGAACUGCUAAAGUGAGGGCACAUGUGUCGGAGAGACUUCAGUUUAUAUUCAUAAUGUCAAAAAGUCUUUUUUCUCUAACUAUGGAAAAUUAAAUAAACACAAUGGCAUGCAGUUCUGAAAUGUCCUGUCUAAGUUUUUCCCAUGCCAUAAAGUAACAGAAAUACUUGGGAUUCCCUGGUCUUUUAUGAAAUAUAUCUAUUUGAAUUAAGCAAUGCCACUUAUAUAAUUGGCUUGUUUUAAUUUAUCAUGCAAAAUGAGUGUCUACAUUAAACAAAUAUUAAGAACUGGAUCAGAUAGCAUUGUGUUGCAUCGCAUCAAAUCUCACCGAUUGUUCUGUAUUAAUAUGUAUCGUCCCUGAAACGUCGUAGACCAUGUGUCUAGAUACGUAUUGGAUCAUCUUAUAAGGGAAAGAUGCACACCCCUAGUAGAAACAUGAAUUCUAGCAGUUUCCGGGAGCCUGACUUUCUUCCUCUAUCUUUUUACCAGAGUUGUUUCUUCAGAGUUACGAGAAGACUGAAAAUGCCAAAUAAACACAAAUGUAGCUUAUAUCAGUUUUAGUAUAGAGAGAUAUAGUCAUCCAGGCUCAUUUGUCAUGGACAAUGAGCUGAUGAGUUUAUGUUUUAGCUGUCAAAAUGUACCUUCGUAUCUGUGUGUGCGUGUGUGUCAGUGUGCAGCAUGCUAACUGAUAAGGUGUAUCUGUAUAUCAUUGUUUCUAUCUUAUUUUCAUGCAACCCUGAGUUGCAGCACAAAUCAGACAACAGACUAAUCUCCCACAUUCUCUCCCAAGGCUGCUGGAACAGGCCCCAGUGUGAUAAACACAAGAUAUCUGAGGUUCAUUAUGUCAGUCACGAAGAGCAGGUCUUGAAACAUGCAUCCCAGACGGUUCUUCCAUGAUCAAGCGGAGGGGGAAAGUGAUGGGUGUGCGUGUACAAGUGUAUUUAAAGGGGAUGUGUGCGUGUACAAGUGUAUUUAAAGGGGAUGUGUGCGUGUACAAGUGUAUUUAAAGGGGAUGUGUGCGUGUACAAGUGUAUUUAAAGGGGAUGUGUGCGUGUACAAGUGUAUUUAAAGGGUGUGUGGGCUUCCCUGUUAGUAGCUUGGAAAUAUUUGGAAUUCAGUGGGCAAUAGACAUUGUCAGUUGUUGAGAUUUAGCACAUGCACACAAAAAUGUGUACACUAUCUGCCAAAAAGGGGCCAUAGAUAACUAAAAAAAGGAUGAAAACAUGAACU